CUUUGCAUACUUUUUUUUUUCUUUUCUGAACAAUCCCCAAUUUCUGGUGUCUAUACAGAGCUCAGCGAGCAGCAAAAAGAGUUCCAGGCUACAGCCCGGAAAUUUGCCAGAGAAGAAAUCGUUCCAGCAGCCGCUGAGUAUGACAGAACCGGGGAGUAUCCGGUACCUCUCAUCAAGAGGGCCUGGGAACUUGGGCUGAUGAAUGGACAUAUUCCUGAAAGCUGCGGUGGUCUGAACCUAGGCAUCUUUGACACCUGUCUGAUUACUGAGGAAAUUGCCUAUGGAUGCACUGGUAUUCAGACUGCCAUAGAGGCCAACUCCCUGGGGCAAAUGCCUGUGAUAAUAGCUGGAAAUGAGACACAGCAGAAGAAGUACCUGGGAAGAAUGACGGAAGAACCUUUGAUGUGUGCCUACUGUGUAACUGAACCUGGGGCUGGCUCAGAUGUGGCCGGCUUGAAGACAAGAGCAGAGAAGAAGGGCAAUGAGUACAUCAUCAAUGGACAGAAGAUGUGGAUCACCAAUGGGGGCAAAGCAAACUGGUAUUUUCUUUUGGCUCGGACUAACCCUGACCCCAAAUCCUCAACUGGAAAGGCUUUCACAGGAUUUAUUGUAGAUGCUGACACUCCUGGAGUACAGCCUGGAAGAAAGGAAAUGAACAUGGGCCAGCGAUGCUCAGACACCAGGGGCAUUGUGUUUGAGGACGUCAGAGUUCCCGCUGAGAAUGUCCUAAUUGGGGAAGGGGCUGGAUUUAAGAUCGCAAUGGGAGCCUUUGAUAAGACCAGACCACCAGUGGCUGCUGGUGCUGUUGGUCUCGCCCAGAGAGCUUUGGAUGAAGCUACUAAAUACUCAAUGGAGAGGAGAACAUUUGGAAAACUCCUUGCUGAGCAUCAAGCUGUCUCAUUCAUGCUUGCUGAAAUGGCCAUGAAGGUGGAACUGGCUCGCCUGGCAUACCAGAGAGCAGCAUGGGAAGUGGAUGCAGGCAGAAGGAACACCUACUAUGCCUCUAUCGCCAAGGCUUUUGCUGGGGACAUUGCCAAUCAGGUGGCUGCAGACGCUGUGCAGAUUUUUGGUGGCAAUGGCUUUAACAGUGAAUACCCCGUGGAGAAGCUAAUGAGAGAUGCCAAAAUAUAUCAGGUAAGGAAAACACAAGCCGAAAGAUUACAGCAAAACUGGUAG